GAAUAUGUAAAGGUCAAAUCAAGGCUUCUGACAACAAACGAAUCUCAUCUCCACACAUCUUUAGAAAAACAAAACCCAAUUUUCAUCUCCCUUCCCUCCGCGACGCCAAGAACCUCACAAAAUCCAUCAAGUCAAGAGCAUCAUCGAUCAUGGAAGAGUUAAAGCCAAGAGCAGCGAACUCAUCUCCACUUACUCCCCUUGGCUUUCUAGAAAGAGCAGCCACCGUGUACGGCGACUGCGCUUCUAUCGUCUACAACGACACCACCUACACCUGGUCCCAAACCCACCGUCGAUGUCUCCGCUUGGCCUCCUCCAUCGCAUCUCUCGGCAUCAAGCCUGGCCACGUCGUCUCCGUCCUCGCCCCAAACCUUCCCCACAUGUACGAGCUCCACUUCGCCGUCCCCAUGGCUGGCGCCGUCCUUAACGCCGUCAACACCCGCCUCGACGCCCGCACCAUCUCCGUCCUCCUCCGUCACAGCGAAUCAAAGCUCGUCUUCGUCGACCACCUCUCACGCGCCCUCCUUCUCGACGCGCUCUCCUUGUUCCCUUCCCAAACCCCGAUCCCUCUCCUGGUCCUCAUAACCGACGGUCCUGAUGAUGUUGAUGAUAAAAUUCAUGAUCAUCAAAAUCUGAUUUUCUAUGAGGAGUUGGUGGAGAGAGGCGAUCCGAGCUUCGAGUGGGUCCGGCCGCAGAGCGAGUGGGAUCCGAUAGUGCUGAACUACACGUCCGGAACGACGUCAUCUCCGAAGGGAGUCGUGCACUGCCACAGGGGAAUUUUCAUCAUGACAGUUGAUUCGCUCAUCGACUGGGGAGUCCCGAAGCAGCCGGUGUACCUCUGGACUCUCCCGAUGUUCCACGCUAACGGGUGGAGCUUCCCGUGGGGGAUGGCAGCCGUGGGAGGCACCAACAUCUGCCUCCGCAAAUUCGACGCGCCGACGAUCUACGACAUGAUCAGAAAGCAUGAUGUCACUCACUUAUGCGGAGCACCAGUCGUGCUCAACAUGAUAUCCAACGGUGCUAAAGACCAGCUGAAGAAUCCGGUCCAGAUUCUCACCGCCGGGGCUCCUCCGCCGGCAGCGAUUCUCUUCCGGACGGAGACACUGGGUUUCGUUGUCAGUCACGGGUACGGGCUGACCGAAACGGCGGGGUUAGUGGUUUCGUGUGCGUGGAAACGACACUGGAACCGGCUACCGGCGACGGAGCAAGCGAGGCUGAAGGCGAGACAAGGGGUGGGGACGGUGGGGCUCACUAAGCUCGCGGUGGUGAACCCGGAGACCGGAGCGGAAGUGCGAAAUGACGGGAAUACCCUCGGGGAGGUUGUUCUGAGAGGCGGGUCGGUGAUGCUGGGGUAUCUGAAGGAUCCGGAAGGCACGGCCAAGUGCAUGGCCGGAGACUGGUUUUACACCGGAGACGUCGGAGUUAUGCACUCCGACGGGUAUUUGGAGAUUAAGGACCGGUCCAAGGAUGUGAUCAUAAGCGGCGGGGAGAAUAUCAGCAGCGUGGAGGUGGAGUCGGUGAUUUACGGGUUUCCGGGUGUUUAUGAGGCGGCGGUGGUGGCGAGGCCCGACGAGUUCUGGGGAGAGACGCCGUGCGCCUUCGUGAGCUUGAAAGAGUCACCAGCGGCGGAGAAGAGGCCGACGGAGAAGGAGAUCAUGGACUACUGCAGGAGUAAGCUGCCGCACUACAUGGUGCCGAAGACGGUGGUGUUUAAGGCUGAGCUGCCGAAGACGUCCACUGGCAAGAUUCAGAAGUUCGUGCUUAGAGAGAUUGCCAAAGCCAUGGGCCCCGCCGGCGCUAGGCGGAGCCGGGUGUGAUGUCGUGGCGACUUUUUGGGUGAUAAAUGUCUUGUUUUUACGUUACGUCAAAUUGUUUGGAUAAUGAAAAUAUUACUAUUCUUCCCUACCUGUCGUCUGUAAGAAAAAGAAAAAUAAUACGGGCAAAUAUGUGUUCAAAAUCACACAUUAAAUAGAACGUCAAUUCCAAGGAAUGGUCUACACAGAUUAGAUACACUCUAGUUUCUAUAUAUCAUCAUCGAUUAGUUUAUGGUGUAAUUAAAAGAUUCAUUUUAUAUCAUCGAUUAGUUUUAUGGUGUAAUUAAAACAUUAUUAG